AUGGGCGCCUUAACCGACAACCGCAAGCGCUGUUUCGUGGAUCUCCGUGGCCCCUUGUCGUCCUCCGCCUCUCCUGUCCGCCUCCACUGCGAGCCUUCCCAGGAAGCUCCCCUGAAGAAAUACAAGGUCGCGGAUCCCCAGCGUUUGAACCCAGAAAGGUUGCCGCCGCCGCCGCCGUCCUCUUGGCCGCGGGCGCUGCAGGAGGAGGCUCCGGCGCAGCCCCGGGUCCAAAGAGUACCCCCUCUCGCCCCUCUUCGCCGGCCCGUGCACGGUCCUCAGAGGAUUGCGAGGGUUUUCAAUCGCGGGUCAUCGAUCGGUUCCGGCGGUAGGUUCACGCCUGAGUCGUUCCUCAGGAGGGAGAAGAAAUCCGGGAUGGGAAACGUGCCCUCGUGGUUCGCGAAGAGGACCGCACCGCUUUUGGAACUGUUGUGGAGUUCCCAUAGGAAGGUGGACUCAUCGGCUAAGGGUGACGACGAAGGUGAUUUCAAGAUUGAGAGUCUUGAAGGGUUAGAUUUGGUUGAGUAUAAGCAGCUGGUGAAAAAUGCACAGGAUGAUCGUUCUAAGGCAACUCCGGAUUGGAACUCGAGUGAAACGAAAUCAGUGAAGAUUGCGUUGCCUCAAUCAGUCUUGUCGGGUCUCUCAGACUUGGCAAUCCUUGGCGAGAAAGUUGAGUCAACAAAGUUGUCUAUUUUGAAUAGGAAGUUGGAAAAUGCUACGAGGUUGCUGAAGAUCGAACCCACUCCUCUGAAAGAGGUUAUUGUCGAGGCGACAAGGACUCCGAUAUACAAGGAUCUGCUGAAGAGCGCAAGGAAGCGAGAUUCUAUACUAAGCAGCAUAGACUUUGAAGUCAAAUUAACCGAGAAGAAAGUCUUGGAGUUCCAUAAAGUGCCAGAUGCCAAACAGGAGAAGGUGACCUUUUUUCUUUCAUUUAUUUCUUCUACUGUGUGCAUAUAUAUUAUUGACUUUGUUAAGGAAAAUCCAAUUUGAUCCCUUUGGUGAUUUCGGAAAGUAGUUAUCAAGAUCCAAAGUAUGAAGCUGCACUUCAUUUUUUUCGGAAGUAUGUGUUGGGAAUGAAUUCUUAAUGUCAAUACCGUUUAACAGAUGAUUGAUCAUGCAUUGCAGAUGUUUAUCAGCCAAUGAUUUUUUUAACAGUGCAUCUUAUGAAAGCAAUUUUUGAAGUUAAUUUUCUCGAAAAUAGACAUGUUUGCAACUUCAAUUCAAUCAAAUCCUUAGAAAAUUCUAUCAUAGGUUUCCUACAGUAGGUUGUCCUCUUAUUACCAGAGCUCAGUUGAGUCCCUGUAAGAUCACGAGGUCUUCAAAAACACCGGGAAAACAAUUCAACGUCAAUGAUUCUAAUAUCUGGUGCAGUGCGUUUCAGUUUUUGGAUCUAUCGUUCAAACAAUGCUCACUGGCAAAACAUGAAUGCACACAGGACUGGUUCCGGAUGUCGAUUGUUUGGGAAUUUAUUGGUUUUAAAAAAGAGUACCUGAAAUCUUGGAUGAACGUGCACUCAUGCAUCAUAGAUUCCGAUGCUCACGUUUAUUUCUCACUUGUAUCCUUGCCUUUGCUCGUCAAGAUAUAUGCCUUGUAUAUAAGGUUUUACCUUUUAUUUCUCUUUGUUUAGUUCUCCUGACAUUGUUUAUUUUUACCUCUAUGUUGUGAUGAGGAAGUGUUUUUUUUUUUCCUGCGAGGGGAUGUCACAAUUAACCUUGUUUAUUUUUCGUUUCAGUUCCUAUGUUUUUCUUUCAGUAGUGGAUUCGCUGCAGUUUUCUAACGUUAUCCACCUGCUUCAAACUCGACAUCUGGCAUUCAAACAUAUUAGUACAGAACGAUAGACGUUGGGGUGGGAUUGUGGCUCUGUCGCUAUCUGAAUCAUGCCUAUUCUUUUUUUGGCUCACCAUCAGGACUCUUUCUUAUGAGUUUCAUAUGUGCCCACAUCACACGUUGUGUUAUUUUAAUAGUAUCUGACUUUAUAUUUAUUUCUAUUUUUUGAUCAGAGAGUUGUUGAAAAAUUCUUCUCUGAAAAAAUGAAGUUGACAAAGGCAAAUGUAUCCUGGAUAAUGAGAAAUUUAUCGAGUUUCUUAAAAAAUAAUUUCUCAGUCUGUGUUCUACGGGAUGGGGGAAGUUUUAUCCUACACAUUCUCAUUGGCACAAAUGUCUGUAAGAAGACAUUUGGGGGGGCAGAACUUAGUAUGCAAAUUCAGCUACUCUCCACGUUUGUGAAAAAAAGUAUUUAUUUCAUCUACUUGAAUGGGAGGUUAUGUAGUCGUCAGAUGCCGAAAUUCUUUUUCAUUUUCUCUUCUCUACUAGCAAGAAAUCGAGCACACAUUAUGUGCCAAUAUUUGCUCUUCUUUCUCGAAUCAUGUCUAGUCUUUGUGCGAAAAUUUAUGAUGCUUAGGCAACUGUCGUUGAAUGCAUAUACUUUUCAAUAAUUUAAUGGUGCUUUUCACGAGUCUAAGUCCGACUUCAGAUACAAUCAUGGUCGACCAUAAAUUUCAUAUUAUUCAAGAAGCCAUGCUUUUGGUAUUGAAAUUAUAGCUAAAAAUAUUUACUGUAUCAUGUGGUGUCCAGAAGCAACAAAUUUUUCCUUGAAUCACCACACUUGCUAUAAACUCUUUCCUUACAUUUUAGGACAUGACUCAGUUUUUUCAAAAUAUUUUCAGGAUCUUUCUGGUCCCUUUGCUCCUCUCACAGAUGAGGAAGAGAGUGCUGUCAGUCUCGCUUUACAGGAUACGAAUAAGUACGACUUCAAUUUGUGCACUAUUCAUUAUAAGAUGACCGAACACUUGAUAGUUACAAAAAUGGUUUUCUCUAAACAGAUCUGGAUCACGCAGGCGUGAGGUACUGGUCCUCCAUGAGAGUUCUAAUAUUGAGAUCACUAGAGAAGUCAUUCAAUGCUUAAGACAAGGCGCUUGGUUGAAUGAUGAGGUGAUUACUCUAAUUCUUACAUAUGUAUGUUUAUAGGCUUUAGUACUAUGCUACUGAUGUUUUUGUAAAGCUAGUUGCAUAUUUAUGGACUAUAUUUAUACCCACAUUUCUGUGGCAGGUCAUAAAUCUGUACUUUGAAUUAUUGAAGGAAAGAGAAAGGAGGGAGCCAAAUAAAUUUUUGAAAUGCCAUUUCUUCAACACGUUUUUCUAUAAAAAGGUAAGCAAGAUGUGCGUCGUGUGCUGCUGGUCCGUUAUUUUCGCAUUGGCCAUUUUGACAUAGUGUAAACCCAUAGCAAGACCUGACAUGUGUAUGGAGCUCUGAUCAUACUCAUACAAUUGGUACUGUUGACUUGAAUAUCCCUCUCAUGAUUGUCCCGAUUUAUUUGUUACAAAAGAAAAAUCAUCUGCGAUGCAUGUUAAUUUGGGAUUCAGAUGCCCAUUUCAUGAUGAUGAAUUCACUCUGUGUGAUGAGAGUUAUGGAUCGGUGGUUAUGGCUUGAAGAGAGUCAGUUACAUUUUUCGGUGGCAAUGGAAUCGAAUUAGUUUCCCUGCUCUCUUUGUCAUCGUAAUGUUCUUGUUGGGCUGUGGCCAACUCAAUUAAUACCAUUAAAUUGAGUCUACGUUUUACUUUGAAGCCAUUUUCUCUAGUGUCAUUGGGACCGGGAACCUCAUCAAAAGUUCAAUGAUUCAUGUUUCUAGCUUGUUUCCAAUUCCUGCCCGUUUUCAAGAAUACUUUGUAAAAUGAGGAAAAAAGUGUCUUCUGUAGGCUCUUUAUUGUCUCUCACUGAAGGAUAGGCUGUCCUAGAUGAAAAUCCUUUGAAACAUGAGAAUGAUACUUUUGCGAAUCUCAAGUUGACAUUUUCCAAGAUUUCAAACAUGGGAACAUGUUUUGAAAUUGAUUUUGAAAGGUGCAUCGUUUUUGAGAUGAUGUUAAGAUGCUUUACUUUGUGAAGAAGGUUUUUGGUUUUCGUCUUAUUGAUUAGAAAAAAACUUAGUUCCGAGGUGGUUCUUGCAUACCAUAUCCGUAUAGACUUUUCAUCAUCAUUAACUGAAGUAAAAACGGUAUAUGCUUGCUUGGACGACUAAAUCAUGGGGUCCCGUGAAGAUGUAAGAUGAUAGCUGCUACUCUUAAUCCAUAAAAGGGGGACUCCCUCUUCUCUUCCUUUGAUUUAUAGAAGGUGCUCUAUCCGUGUGAUUGGGACAGAUUGCGAUUUCAAAAGAUCUGUAUGGGUUAGCUCACCAGAGGAUGAAAUUUUGGCUUUCGUCCUAGACUUUGUACUUUCAGAUCUGACAUGUUUUAUGUUGGUGGAGUCUGAAGACAGAUGUGAUGAUUUUUAUUUUUUUAAAGAUGAGUUAGGCAUGCCUGAUCAACCUGAUUGACGACCAGCGUGCCUGAUCAAUCUGAUUUUUGAAGAACUUGCCAAAAUCUUUCAAGUCCCAUGCAUACAUUAAAUAGGACUUUUUAGAUGAGCCCGCGGGAAAGAUGUGUAAUUCGGAGUUUCUCAUGUCUGGAUGGGAUUGGAUAUGUUAUGUUUUGGGGCAAAGGUCGUGUUGUGCUAUUACCAAAGCAGUUCAGUAGGGCUCCAUGAAAAAGGGGAAUGGAAAUUGAUAGCUUUCUGGAGUGCACCAAGAAUCAGCCAGAGGUAUUGGGAAUUAAGGAUCGAAGAUGGCGAAUGCUCAACGUCAGAAUUUACUGCAGUUUGUUGAAUGUAAACAGGACAUACAUAGAUAUUUUAUAUAGAUAGAUAGAUAGAUAGAUAUGUCGAUCAUUCAUGUUUGCAAGUUGCCUAACGAACGUGACUGUAUUCCGAAUCAACUGGUCUUCUCCAGUUCGUUGGGAUGACUUCGAUGAAUCUUCUUCAAGUGUUCGUCUGCCUGUUUGCGGCUCUUUUGGUAAUCUCUUCUUUGUUCCUCAUUGUUAUUCACUGAUGGUUCUAUCUUCAUUUCGGGGAGUAUUUUGAUGAUGGAUAAGGCAGGUUAAGAGCUUUCCAAAUAGGGGCUCUCUGAACCUUACUCGUUUUGGAACUAGGGAUAGUAAUUUACAUCUGAACGCUCGAAAUAUCAUCUCAGAUUUCUACUUUUUCUGCGACAUGUUAUUCAUAGUUUAAUCCAUGGAUGCUAGAUUUAUAUGAACAGUCCCUCUCUCGGAUCCAAUGCCUCGCGUUGAAGGAUUUGCCCCACUCAGAACAUUCUGAUGUGUGAUCCAUCUCUCACAUCUUAACCUGUUCUGAAUGCCAUUCUCAUCGUGAUAGGGCCUCCCACUUUUCAUCUGCUCAGUAAAAUCUGGGAGAAGGGUUAGAAUUGCCAUCCUUGGUGGGGUGUUUUUCCAUGUACCAUAGAAUCUGAUUCCGCUGAUAUGCUCCGUUUUAUGAAUAUUUUUGGUAAUAAUGAUGCAGACUUAGACCCACUAAAUAAUCAGUCGGCAUGUAUCAUACUUCUCUCUCUCUCUCUCUCUCUCUCUCUCUCUCUCUCUCUCCACAUAAUUUCUUCUAGUCAUAUUCUCCCUGAAUCACUUUCUGACUGCAUAUGAUUAAGAGCUGAACCCACUAAAUACUCAGCCGUUGUAUGAAUAUUUUUGGUAAUAAUGAUACAGACUUAGACCCACUAAAUAAUCAAUCGGCAUGUAUUACACUUCUCUCUCUCUCUCUCUCUCUCUCUCUCUCUCUAUCUCCACAUAAUUUCUUCUAGUCAUAUUUCUCCCUGAAUCGCCAUCUGACUGCAUGUCAUUAAGAUCUGAGCCAUGGGCGGUUGACUUUUCUUCACAGCUUACUGGUGGGGGGGACGUCUACGAUUUUAAAGCUGUCAGAAGAUGGACGUCGCAAAGAAAGCUAGGGUACGGGCUCAUUGAGUGCGACAAAGUAAAGUUGCAACGGCACCUUCUGGCUUCCCUCACUUGUUCCACCAUGCCGGCUUCUGAUCCUCUGCUUCCUUAUUCUCUUUCUUCUUCAGAUUUUCGUUCCCAUCCACAAGGAAAUUCACUGGUGCAUGGCCGUGAUCGACAUGAAGGACGAGAAGCUCAUCUAUCUCGAUUCCCUUGGGGGCUGGGAUGAUUAUGUUCUGCAAGUUCUGGUAUAGUCAACGCCCCCUUUCUUCUGAUUAAUGUGUGUGAAGUUGAUAGUCAUCUUAUGAUUUAUUCCUUUUAUUAGAAUAGAAAUCAUUCUCUGUGCUUGGUCGGUUUCUAAACGAUCUGCUUGCGUGGGUCAGGCUAGAUAUAUAGUGGACGAGGUGAAGGACAAGACCAACAAGAUCAUUGAUGUCACCUCCUGGAAGCUCGGGGCCGUUGACCAUCUCCCGCUCCAGGAAAAUGGGUAAACCCAAAUUUGUUUGUUUUUUUUCUUUGAAAAAGAAUAUAUAUGUUUGGUGGGUUCCGAGAAUCAUUGAGAAAGAGGCGGCAUUCAGGGUCAACUGCUUUUCACUGGGAAUCAUCCCUCCGAUUCUGCGCAGGUGGGACUGCGGGAUGUUCAUGGUCAAGUACGCCGACUUCUUCAGCCGAGGUUUGACUCUCCAUUUUCAACAGGUGAGCUUCACUCUCUCUCUCUCUCUCUCUCUCUCUCUGGAGUGCGCUGAAGCUACAUCUGGUUCUUUGCUGCUGCAGGACGACAUGGAAUACUUCAGGAGGAGAACCGCCAAGGAGAUACUGAAUCUGAGGGCCGAGUGA